CAUCUUUUCGAUCUACAGCAGGCACCAUCAUGAAGCACGUGUCUUUCACCUACAUCUUGCUCUGUGCGGCGUUCUUCACUGCCGGCUGCGCGUCUCCCACUCCCGUCUCCCUCGCGCGGUCACUCGGACCAAGCGACGGUGCCGCCGCCGGCGCUCCUGUACUAGUACCUUCUGCCGCUCAAGCCAGGCGGCGUGGUCUAAAGUGGAAAGGAAACGUCGAAGAGAAAUAUCGGGCCUACCUGGGUAAGAGGAAAGGUAUCAAAGUCGAAGACGGAGGCGGGCGAAUAGUUAUGAAGUUGAUAAG